GCCCGCCCGGCGCGGCUGCCCCGGCGCUGCGGGCAGGACCGACCGCGCCGGCGAUGACAUCAGCGCGGCACAACUUGUGAUCGGGGCGCGCUCAGGUGCGGCGCGGAGCGCGCGGGGAAGUAGUAUGAAAGUUGAUUAUUUCAGUGAAUUCGGCUGUCGGCGCCCCGACUAUGCUGAAAGAACUAUAUGCACUGACGCAACCUCAGGAAAACCCACGAUGGCUGCCAAGCGCAAAGGCGGCCUGAAGCUGAACGCAAUCUGUGCCAAGCUCAGCCGCCAGGUGGUCUUUGAUCACGGGGGAGCUGAGCAGGCGCGGGCAGACAAGGGUGCCCAGCGUGAGAGCAGCAAAAAGGAAGCCCCCCAGCCUGGGACCAAGGAGGUGGGGUCUGAGUUCUCGGAUGGACUCAGCCGUGUGCAGAAGAUCGAGGAGGACAAGAGGAGGGAGGUGAUUGAGAAGUGGGUGAAUGGGGAGUACAAUGACGAACUCUUGCUGGGCCGAGUGGAGGGCAAGGAGGGUAAGGGCACUGAGAGCGUGGAGAUGCCCCCCGAAGGCGUCUACAUGGUCCAGCCUAAGGGCUGCAGUGAUGAGGAAGAUAACGGGGAUGAGGCAGAUGCACUGCAGGGCUCCCAGGAUGGCAGCUUCCUAGACGACAGGGAUUCGGACGGGCCUGCCUCGAAGGAUGAGAGUUACCGAUCCUCCAGCGGCGAGACGGGCUCCAAGUUGGCUGGAGGAGCUGCCUCAGGCGGGGAACUGAGAGGCAUGAGGUCCAGGAAGUGCAAAAAAGGGGAAGCUUCGUCGCUGCGCGAUUAUGCCGCCACCACCAUGAACGAGUUCCUGGGCAUGUUCGGCUACGACGACCAGAACAUGCGGGAUGAGCUGGCCCGCAAGAUCAGCUUCGACAAGCUAAAUGCUGCUACCUCAGAGGCCACCUCGGCUGCCACCUCCCUGCCCAGCGAGGAUGCCAUGAGCAAGCGGGCCCGCUUCUCCAAGUACGAGGAGUAUAUCCGCAAGCUCAAGGCUGGCGAACAGCUCUCCUGGCCCAUCCAUCUGACCAGGCCUGAAGAGCUGAGCUCCAAGCUGAGCAAAGAGGCUUCCUCAGUGCUGGCCCAGCCCAUCCGGUUGCCAGGUCCAGAUGCCUCCCUGCUGACGGAGACCAAAGCCACCAUCCUGCCCUUGCCCUCUCCCAGCAGCUCCCAGAUGCAGGGCCUGAUGUCUCGGGCUUCCAAGUAUGACUUCUUCAUCCAGAAGCUGAAGACAGGCGAGAGCAUUAGGCCACAGAAUGGCAACACCUACAAGAAGGCCUCCAAGUAUGAUCUAGAGAAUGUCAAGUACUUGCACCUUUUCAAGCCUGGGGAAGGCAAUCCAGACAUGGGAGGGGCCAUAGCUUUCAAGACGGGCAAGGUGGGGCGGCCUUCCAAGUAUGACGUGAGGAACAUCCAGAAGCUCACUCCAGUCAAGCCUGCUACACCCAGCUUGGCCCCCACUCCCCUCACCAGUACCCCCAGCAGUGCUCCAGUGACUGGGCCUGAACAGCCUGUCUCUUUGCCAUUCAACACCCCUGAGUACCUGAAGUCAACCUUCUCCAAGACAGACUCCAUCACAACUGGAACAGUCUCUACAGUCAAGAACGGAUUACCCACUGACAAACCAGCUGUCAGCGAAGAUGUAAAUAUUUACCAGAAAUAUAUUGCCAGGUUCUCUGGCAGCCAGCACUGCGGACACAUACACUGUGCAUACCAAUAUCGAGAACAUUACCACUGCCUGGACCCGGAGUGCAACUAUCAGAGAUUCACUAGUAAACAGGAUGUGAUUCGACAUUACAACAUGCACAAGAAACGUGAUAACUCCCUCCAGCAUGGCUUCAUGCGCUUCAGCCCCUUGGAUGACUGCAGCGUGUACUACCAUGGCUGUCACCUGAAUGGGAAAAGCACACACUACCACUGCAUGCAGGUGGGUUGUAACAAAGUCUAUACCAGCACCUCCGAUGUGAUGACCCACGAGAACUUCCACAAGAAAAACACGCAGCUGAUCAAUGAUGGGUUCCAGCGGUUCCGAGCCACUGAGGACUGUGGCACCGUGGAGUGUCAGUUCUACGGCCAGAAAACCACUCAUUUCCACUGCAGGCGACCUGGAUGUACAUUCACCUUCAAGAACAAGUGUGACAUUGAGAAGCACAAGAGCUACCACAUCAAGGAUGACGCCUAUGCCAAGGAUGGGUUCAAGAAGUUCUACAAGUAUGAGGAGUGCAAAUAUGAGGGCUGCGUUUACAGUAAGGCCACCAACCACUUCCACUGCAUCCGGGCAGGCUGUGGCUUCACCUUCACUUCCACCAGCCAGAUGACCUCCCACAAGCGCAAGCACGAGCGCAGGCACAUCCGCAGCUCAGGAGUGCUAGGCCUGCCCACUUCCCUCCUUGGAGCCAAGGAUAACGAGCAGGAGGAGUCCAGCAAUGAUGACCUCAUUGACUUCUCCGCCAUGAGCUCUAAAAACUCCAGCCUGAGUGCCUCCCCAACCAGUCAGCAGUCUUCCGUCUCCCUGAUCAUCCCAACCGCGCCCUCCUCAGCUGCAGAGCUUGUCUCCGCACAGGCCAGCAAGCCUGCCAACAGCAUGCCACCAGCCACCAAGAUUUCUGGCCUGCUCUCCCAGGCCCUCCCUAGCAAUAUACCCCUGGCCCUGGCGCUCUCCAACUCAGCGCUUCCUGGAACAGCAGGCUCCUUCUUCCCCAUCAUCCCUAGCCGGGUCUCCACGCCACUUCCAGCCAGCUCAGCCAAUCUGAUGGCAGCUGGUUCCUCCAGCACCAAUCCAGCAUCCUCUGCUUCUGCUGAUUCUCCUUCCCAAGCCGUCUCAGGGUCUGGUGAGUCAGCAGCCACCUCAUCCCCAGCUCCAGCAGCGUCCAUUAUGGAGAGGAUCUCCGCCAGCAAAGGAUUGAUCUCACCCAUGAUGGCCAGGCUAGCAGCAGCAGCACUGAAACCAUCCAUGGCACUUGAAGCAGGGAAUGGGCAGCCAACAACUCCUAGCCGGUUCAAUCCAGUUCAAGUGAAGCAGGAGCCUGCCGAGAGCUUGGGAUCCUCCUCUGCAGCAACCCAGGAGUCCUUGCAGGAGCACAGCCUGGACCUGAGCGUGAAGGAUCACGGUAAUGAAUCAAAUGGCCACGCAGUCUCGGCAAAUUCAUCUCUUUUAUCCUCGCUUAUGAAUAAGGUGUCCCAGACCAAUGCCAACCUUGGCAACCUGAUGAACUUGAAGACAGAAGGAGAUGGCAACCAGGCAGGGGCUGGAGAGCCAACACCAUACUUGGGCAAGGCCGUGAAGGCACUUGUUCAAGAGAAACUCUCUGAGCCCUGGAAGAUGUACCUGCGCAGGUUUGGUACCAAGGAUUUCUGCGAUGCCCAGUGUGACUUUCUCCACAAGGUGCAUUUCCACUGCGUGGUGGAGGAAUGUGGUGCCCUCUUCAGUACUGUCGAUGGGGCCAUCAAACAUGCCAAUUUUCACUUCCGCACGGAAGGUGGAGCUGUGAAAAAUAAUUCCGAGUCUCCCUUCCCAACCGCUGCUGAGACCAAGACCUCCUUGGCCCCCUCGUCACCACCUGCGACUUCUGCCACCCUGGCAAGCGCUCCCACUCUGGACGGUGCCCUGAGCCCAGCGACGGUGCCCUCUGCCCCCACGCUGCUAGCUUGGAAGCAGCUGGCUUCCACCAUACCCCAGAUGCCUCAGAUCCCAGCGUCAGUGCCUAACCUGGCAACGUCACCCUUGGCAACAACUUCCCUAGAGCACGCCAAGCCUCAGGUCAAGCCCGGAUUCCUCCAGUUCCAAGAGAACGACCCCUGCCUGGCGACAGACUGCAAGUAUGCCAACAAGUUCCACUUCCACUGUCUCUUUGGGAACUGCAAGUACGUGUGCAAAACCUCCGGCAAAGCAGAGUCCCACUGCCUGGACCACAUCAACCCCAACAACAACCUGGUGAACGUGCGAGACCAGUUUGCUUACUACUCGCUGCAGUGUCUCUGUCCAAACCAGCACUGUGAAUUCAGGAUGCGAGGGCAUUACCACUGUCUUCGUCCUGGCUGCUACUUUGUGACCAACAUCACCACCAAGCUGCCCUGGCAUGUGAAGAAACAUGAGAAGGCAGAACGAAGGGCAGCCAAUGGCUUCAAGUACUUCACCAAGAGGGAAGAGUGCGGCAGACUAGGUUGCAAGUAUAACCAGGUAAACAGUCAUUUCCACUGCAUUCGAGAGGGCUGCCAGUUCUCCUUCCUGCUCAAGCACCAAAUGACAUCUCACGCCAGGAAGCACAUGAGGAGGAUGCUGGGGAAAAACUUUGACCGAGUUCCCGCUCAGGUUAUUGGCCACACUCCAAGAAAUGAAAAUCUCCCCCACGUUGGCAGCAUGGCACCCAGCCCAGCUUCAUCAGGGACCCCAGCUUCCUUCCAGGGACCCCAGAGCAUGAUGGACACAGAAACAGACGAGUAUAUGGAUUAUACCGGCUGUAGCCCUGGGGGGAUCUCCUCCGAGUCCUCCAACAUGGACCGCAGCUGCUCCAGCACUCCAGUGGGCAACGAGAGCACAUCGGCAGGCUGCCUGGUUCCUCCUACUACUACUGCUGCCGUUGCCGAUGAUGCUACCCACAAUGCACAACAACCUCCACCACCUCUUCCUCCAUCUUUCUCACAAGCCCUGCUCAGGUCUCCCCUCCCCACCCUCCCCUAUCUCUUCUCUCCAUCUUGUCUAUCAUACUCUCUGCUCAGUGCCACCCUCGGAUCCAGCAGGGGCAUUGUCAUGCCUGCCGCCAGCACGCCUGGGUUCUCGCCCAUCAUUGCCACUCCAACUCCAGUAAAAAGUGAUGUUCCCCUAGUUCAGGAUGCAGCAGGGAACACCAUCACCAUGCCAACUGCCUCCGGGGCCAAAAAGCGCUUCUGGAUCAUUGAGGACAUGUCUCCCUUUGGCAAGCGCCGCAAGACAGCAUCCUCACGUAAGAUGCUGGAUGAGGGGAUGAUGCUGGAGGGCUUCCGGCGCUACGACCUCUAUGAGGACUGCAAAGAUUCCAGCUGCCAGUUCUCCCUCAAGGUCACCCACUACCACUGCACCCGGGAGAACUGUGGCUACAAGUUCUGCGGCCGCACCCACAUGUACAAGCACGCCCAGCACCACGACCGCGUUGACAACCUGGUGCUGGAUGACUUCAAGCGCUUCAAGUCCUCGCUGAGCUGCAACUUCCCCGACUGCCAGUUCUCUGGCAACAGCACGCACUUCCACUGCCUGCGCUGCGGCUUCCGCUGCACCGACAGCACCAAGGUGACAGCCCACCGCAAGCACCACGGCAAGCAGGACGUCAUCAGUGCCGCCGGCUUCUGCCAGUUCAGCUCGAGCGUGGACUGCGAAGUGCCCGACUGCAAGUACAAACUCAAGUGCUCCCACUUCCACUGCACGUACCCCGGCUGCAAGCACACAGUGGUGGGCAUGUCACAGAUGGACUCGCAUAAGCGCAAACAUGAGAAGCAGGAGCGAGGGGAGCUGCCCGCCAUCUCCCCUGGCCCCGAGGGUCUCCCCCACUCCACUGGGCUGGAGUACGACAUCCAGAACUCUUCCGUCAACCUGGACAGCUCCCUCAACCUGGGCACGGAUGCCAGCAGCUCCCUCUUCUUCCUGCAGAACGCGGCCGGCGUGGGCCUCAGCGACUCCCUGGACCUCAGCAAGAAGCAGUCAGAAGCGGCUGGGGGCCCUUCCCCCAGCCGAGCAGGGGCAGCUCCCCAGGAGGGCGGGACAGUGGCAUCCAACUCUGGCGACGCAGAGGACGAUGACGACUCCUCCCAAGAAGACGAGGAGGACGAUGAGGAGAUGAACGAGGAGGAGGAUGAUGAAGAGGAUGAUGACGACGAUGACGACGACGAAGAUGACGAUGAGGAAGACCUGAAUACGGAUUCCGAGGAGUCGCUUCCUGACCCUGAGGGCCUGGCUGCUAAAGAGGACAGGGAACCAGAGGAGGCCUCUUCUUCCAUAGACCACGGCAAUGCUUCCAGGCCACUGGGAGAGCCAGCCACAGCCCCAGUCCCCACUUCAGCUCCAACCCCUGCCCCUGCUCCGGCUGCUGCCUCAGCCCUCGCCCUUGCUCCAGCCCCAGGCCCCACCCUUUCCCCAGCAGCUUCUCCUUAACCUUAGAGACAGCAGCAGCAGCGGUUUGGUUUUGCUCUUAAACAGAAUUGUUAAGAGGACCCCUUAGGAGGCAAGAACAAAGCACUGGGAUGGCAAGCAACAAAAUGCCCCAUGCCACACGCACGAGAGAGGGAGGGGGGAGGGGACUCGGAGCAGCGGAGGGAACCUGCGCUCCCGGGCCCCGCGAGAGGGACAGGGCCGACGCCACGUUGCUUCCUCCUACAGCUGACAGGCGCCGGGACGGGCCACAGUGCAGCGAAACCCUCCGAGACAGACGCUACCCGAGAGUGCUGGCUGUGGGCCCCGGCCCCUGCGCGGCAUGCGGGACCUGCGUGCCCAGGCGGGGCUCCCCCCUCCCCCCCGGUUUCUUUCGGGAUGUUAUUUUUCCAUGGUUUUAGUUGUACAAUAUUACUAACCAUCUCCACUUCUCAGAGGGGCGGGCGGGUGGGAGGCCUGAGAGGAAUUUUAAAGUACAUAUAUAUAUUAUAUUAUAUAUAAUAUAAUAUAAUAUAUAUCUAUAUAUAUAUUUAAGUGUGUGUAAGGAACGGGUGUCACAAAGGCGACUAGCUAUGCCUUUGCCCGGGGGACGUGGGGCUCUCUCUCUCUCUUUCUCUCUCCAGCAUUAAAUUAAUGGGAGAGACUUAGGCAUCAGGCAGCCAGGGUGGGAGGGGAUAUUUAUUGUUGUGUAAAUGAGGAAGCAUUAAUGAAUGAGCAGGGCUGGGAAUGGGACACUUCUCUGUUCUUCCAGAUCCUCAUUAUUAUUAAUAAUAAUAUUAUUAUUAUUAAUUGUUAAAUGCUAUUUAUAUUGUAACGCUUCCCUCUGUCUAGUGCUGUAGAAACAGCUGUAGGGCGCCUCCUGUCUCACCUGCUGCUCUCCAGGCAGGGCUAUGACGGCAGUACCGGAGGAGGAGGCUACCGUACGGCAGGGGGAGGGUCUGUCACUCACACUGGAGGACGGGGGCUAAGCCCCUCUCCCAUCCUACCCCACCCCAGGCACUUCUCCUCUUUGUUGAGGGUGAGGCUCACUUUUUCUUGUGGUGCAUCAGAGCCAGUUCCCAGUCUCAGGGGGGCUCUGAAGGGAGGAGGUGAGCAAAGCCUCCUCACCCCUGUGCAACCGGAGGGCAGCGCCCGUGCCAUGGAGAGCAAGGCCAUCCGCGCCAGGAAAGCCACCUGGCAAAUGCGACUUGCCCUCUGCCCACGCAGGUGCUGACGAGCAAAAGCAACACCCCCGUGUUCUCCCUCGUGCUGUGGCAGGCGAGCAGCUCUGUACAGGGGCCAAUGAGUUGUCCUGCCGAGUUCCCAAAAGGGAGGGAGAAGGUGAAGCCCCUGCCACAGACCAGCGCAGGGAGGUCAAGGCAGGCCUUGGCAGGGCUUCUCUGAUCUGACUGUGGCUGGGGAGUUGUACGUUGCUCCACUGCUCGGUCCUGGUCUCCAACAGCCCUUGCUGCUGCCAGCCACUCCCAUGGCGCUGAGAGCAGGAGAGCCUGAGGGCACCGCUACCUGCCGUGCAGCAGCACGCUGCCCCGUUCCACACGGCCAGGCCACGCACCAGGGCACAUGCUUCAGGCACGGCUCCAGCAGCCCUCCAGCGAGUCCCAGCCGUCUCCCCAGCCCCUCCACUCAGGUGUUACAGGAACCGGAAGGUGAGCGUGCACACACACUACAGGAGACUGUCCAGGGUGCUCACAGCUGAGACGGUUGCUGUUUGCCCCCAAGCCCCAUCCCAGGCCGGAAACAGGGGUUGUCUACAGACGUACUGGCUUCAGAAGCCUCAUGGCGCAAACAGACCCCGAGGCAGUUAUUCCAGGGCAGUCUGUAGGGAAGCCAAGCGCCUGGCAGCCGGGAGCCUGCAGCUUGGAUCUUUUUUAAUUUUGGCCUCCUUUUAUUUUUAUUUUUUUGUUGACGUUUCAGCCCCCCCCUCCCCAACCCCCACAGCCCCGUCCCAAGCGCCUGCAGCCCCAGGGAACCCCGGUAAUUUGUUUCCACCCUAAACAGAUCAAGGCCUCAAGCAGUUUGGGUUGUUUCUUCCUUAUUUCCCCAAGGAGCAGGCAGGCGCGUUGGCCGAGCUGUUCUGCCGCAGGGACGAGGCAUUUGGAGAACGGUUGAAAAGGAAAGACAGAAAAAAAAAAAGAGCAAAAGGAGAAAAAAAAUGACAAGCAGUUGUACAGUAUUUUCCUGUAAAAGUUAUUACUCGAUAGAGAACAAAGAGAACCAGCCAGUGCCAGAGGGACGGGGUCGCCUGCCUCCUGGCCAGCCCGUAGAGCCUAGGUAUGGUUACUUGUGUGCAAUUUUUUUUUUCUCUUUUUAUUUUUUUUUUCUUUGUUUAAGUGUUUGUUUGGCGGGAGCGGCAGGGAAGGGAGGGACCGCGGUCCUGGGGUCGGAGGCUGUGUCGCGCUCCCAGCACUGACCGGAGCUGCACGAUUCCGCAUUUGAACUUGAAUUUUAUAGAGACUAAACAAACAGAACAACGACGAGCUGACGGCCGCUCGUAGCCACGUGUAGUUCAGUGUCGUACCCGGGGGGGUUUCUUUCUCUCGCUCAGUUAAUUGUGUGGCUUUUAUUUUUAGAGGGUUUUCUUUUGGUUUGCUUUCCAUUAUUUUGUUUUGUUACUUCUGUCCCGUCCUCCCCCCCUCUCCUGCCACUCGCUUGCGGUGGUGAACCAUCCUCUCCUUUUGUUCCCCAUCCGUUAAAGGUGAUGAUGCUUACCUCCCCCACGGGUGCAGUGAGGGCAUCCAGGCCGGGGGUUUCUGGAGCUGGGGCCAGACUGUGCUUCUGGCAUUUUGUUGUGGGUUUUCUGUCUGUGCAUUUCCCCAGUGCUCGGCUGCUCUGGCGACAGGCGCUACAGGAAACCUUGCAGACCUAGCACAAGGCCUAGUCUUAGAAGCCUACAUGCUUAGCUGGCACUGUUUAAAUCAGUGGGAGUUUUUCUCUUGGCCUCAGUGGGAACAUUGACUUCAAUAGGACUACUCACAACUUUAUACUUGAGCCCACCUGGGUUUCAUGAUCAGCCCCAUGGGGUCACCCCACUGGAAAGAGUAAGAUACCUGCAGGGAAUCUCCCUUCAACUGGUGGCUGCUACAUAGGAUAGAUAUGGCCAAGCCUUGCUUGAAAUCGGCUUCAUUAAGACUCCCUACUUGCUGCUGUAAAUCAGCUAGGAGCCUCACCCCUCCUGCCAGCCUCUAGUGACUGUGAAUCUGGCAAGGUGGCAGGAGAAAGCAGAUCUGUGGGAAAAGGGGAUAAGAGAAAAACCACUCCACCGUCUCCAUCCCCCAACUCCAGACACGACACUGCUGCUUGAGCUGGGUUUACUACAUAAUUCAUCCCUCUCUCCUCAACUCCCAUCCUCACCACCUAUCCACACAUCUCACCUCUCCCACCGCCCCUACGCGUUUCCUGUACUCAGGAGCUGGCACUGGGAAAGGACUCCUUUCCUGACAGGCUGCUACCAGAAUCACUCCCCGCAGCAAGGGCCUGAUUCUGCAAAGAGGGAAGUACCCUUGAAUGCCCCAAGGAAGCUGAGCUGCUCCAGCCAAGCUCUCCUUUGGGCCCAGUGCCCAUCCCUGCCCGAGGUGCUGUUUGCUGAGUCUUCCCCCAGUUGUUUCUUUAGACCUUUUAUAUCUUUAUUUAAAACUGCAAAAUGGACAUGGGUGAAAAACAGCAGCCCAGUCCAAGGCUCUUGUUUUUAGUUUCUGCCACACAACGUGCCUGCCUCAGCACCUCUCUUAAGUACAUGCUCAAGCUGCAUUGAUUUCAGUGAGACUGCAAAAAUGUGCGCGUUGCUAAGCUUGUGCUUAAGGGGUGGCUGAAGAUGCAUGGAUUUAAGCACAUACUUAAGUGUGUUACUGAACUGAAGUCACGCCCAACGCACAGGUCCCCAACUCAUCAAGAUGAUCCUCACUUUUAGCACUCGCGCCAAUGGGGCAGCUUGUAUGAUUGAGUUUAGACAUACUUAAAAGUAGCUUGCUAAAUUGAGGACCAGAGAGAGAGAGACUCAACUGGCUGGCUUAGGAGGGGGCAAGAGGAGAGAAGAGACUGAAUGAUUGUUCAAAGCAAAAUAAAGCAAACAAAAGAAACCCUGAGAAGGACCCUCCCGAAUCUGCUACCAUUCGCUGCUGAAGAGCAAAAAAUAAAAAAGAUUGACUAGACCAUUCUAGCCACAAACUCAACUGGAUUAAAGUCUGUGUGGAAGGAAUUUUGUAAAGAAAAAAAAAAAAAAAAAAGAAACAUUUUUUUCAAUGUAGCAAACUAAAAAAAGCAAACUAAAAAAAAACACAAAAAAAAUCACAAAAAAACAAGAUGAAAAAAAAAAGAGAGGGAGAAUUCUAGCCUUUUGUAAUAUCCAUAUUGCACACUAGGACUAUAAGCCAUUGCUAGCUCAUUUUGAAUUUUAAAUGUGUAAUUUUUUUUUUGUUUUGUUGUUGUUUUAUUUUUUUUCUUUCUGUUGGGGGGGAAAUAAAUGCUUGAACCACCAAUGCUCUUUUUAAUGUUUUAUAAAUAUGUAUGUGUAUAUAUAUAAAUAUAAAAAUAAUAUGUAUGCACAUAUAUAUGUGUGUGUGUAUAUAUCUAUAUGUAUAUACAUAUAUAUAUAGAUAUAUAGAUAUAUAUAUAGGUUUUGAGACAAAAAAAAUGCAGAAAGUGAAAAAAAAAACACCCUAACCAGGAUGGUGUGCUCUGAUUUACUUGAAUCUGGUCUCUUCGGCACCUGCGUUAUUAAGAACUGAAUAUUUUUCCACUUGAAUUUAGUGCUAUUAGAAAUUUAAUAUAUGUGUUUUAUUUAUUUGAUUUUUUUUUGCAUGACUGAUGCAAGGUUUGACAUUUUCACUCAAUAAAAACUGGAAAAAAAAACCAAA